AUGGCGACUACUUCAAUGGAUUACGAGGCCGCCAACGGCGACCGUUACGAUGACGAGGCUCCUCGUUAUGAGCGUGACAACAGAAGCGCUUCUCCCCGUCCUGCGCGCGACGACACUGGCAGCCGUCGCCGCUCCAUGUCGCCGCCUGGCCUUCCUGACGUCAACAUCAAAGAUGCACCCGCUCCCAAGGAGGAUGACGAUGGUGCCAUUAACCCCGGCUCCAACCUCUUUGUCACCGGAAUCCACCCUCGCCUGUCCGAGGCAGAGGUCUCCAAGAUGUUUGAGAAGUAUGGUGAGGUGGAGAAGUGCCAAAUCAUGCGAGACCCUCACACCAAGGAAUCUCGUGGAUUCGGAUUCGUCAAGAUGGUCACCUCUGAACAAGCUGAGGCUGCCAAGGAAGGUCUCCAGGGCGAAGUGAUUGAAGGCCGUACCAUGAGCAUUGAGAAGGCCCGUCGUGCUCGCCCUCGUACUCCCACACCGGGCAAGUACUUCGGUCCUCCCAAGAGAGACCCUCGCGCUCGCUUCGAUGAACGCCGACGUGGCGGCUAUGGCGGCGGUGGUUAUUCUCGCGAUGACUACCGAUACCGUGGCAAUGAGAGAGGUUACGACCGCAACUAUGAACGCGGAUACGAGCGACGAUAUGAUGAGCGCAGCGGCGGUGCUUACGAUCGCAACUACCGAGACCGAUAUGAUGAGCGCGGUUACGGAGGAAGAGACUCUGAGCGCAACUACGACCGCAACUAUGACCGCAACUACGAGCGCCGUGAGCGCGGCGCCGGUGGCGGCGGCGGCGGCGGCGACGACAACUAUGGUCGCGAGCGCUACCGUGAGGACCGUGGAGAGCGCGGCGACCGCGGUGACCGCUACGGCGCCCGUGGUGGCAACAGCAGCGGCGGAUAUGACCGCGAUCGAUACGAGCGUACUGGUGACCGAGACGCUGGCCGAUCCCGAGAGCCAGCCGCCAGCAGUGGCCCAGCAUACGGCGAGCCUGCCUCACGACCUGAGGCACGUCCCGAGUCGGCUAUGCACUGA